AUGAGCAGCUCUAAACUGAAUUUUAAUGCGCCUGAUGAAAACUUAAACGAUGGCUUGUUAAACAGCUUACCACCAACAAUUUUCUGUAUAGGAAUGGCAGGCUCAGGGAAAACUACAUUUAUGCAACGUUUAAAUUCACACAUUCACUCAAAAAAGCAACGUCCAUAUGUCAUAAAUUUAGAUCCAGCAGUUCUUAAAGUACCAUUUGGAACAAAUAUUGAUAUUCGAGAUUCAGUAAAUUACCGAAAAGUUAUGGAACAGUAUAAUUUAGGACCGAAUGGUGCCAUUAUGACAUCUUUGAAUUUGUUUGCAACUAAAAUUGAUCAAGUUCUAGACAUUGCAGAAAAACGAGCUAAAAGUGGUAAUGUGAAUCAAAUAAUAGUUGAUACACCUGGGCAAAUUGAAUGCUUUAUUUGGUCAGCCUCUGGAGCGAUUAUCACUGACGCAUUCGCUUCGUCAUUCCCAACAAUGAUUGCAUAUAUUGUGGAUACGCCUAGAUCAUCAUCGCCCACAACGUUUAUGUCUAAUAUGCUUUAUGCUUGUUCUAUUCUUUAUAAAACUAAGCUUCCAAUGAUUGUGGUGUUCAAUAAAACAGAUGCCCAAGAUGCUAGGUUUGCUAUAGACUGGAUGACAGACUUUGAAAAAUUUCAAGAAGCCUUACAAAAAGAUGAAUAUUUAAACGGUAAUGAAAGCGGCGGUAGCAGUGGUUAUAUGGGCUCAUUGAUGAAUAGCAUGUCAUUAGUUCUUGAAGAGUUUUACAAUCAUUUAGAUGUUGUUCCGGUGUCUGCUUACACCGGUGAUGGAUUUGACGAGUUUUUGGGUGCAGUUGAGAAAAAAAUUGAUGAAUACAAUCGGGAUUAUAAAACUGAACGUGAUGUAAUAAUAAAACAAAGAGAGAUUUCAGCUCAAGAACGGAAAGCAGCUGAUUUAACACGACUUUUAAACGAUAUGGGAAUUAAUGAUAAAGGAACUAAAGAAACAAAUUCAACUACUGCUGAUACUUUAUCAGAUACUGAAGAUUUAUCAGAAAAUGACGUUGAUCCUGAUGAUUAUGAAGAUGAUAUUUCUAGCAAAUAUAGAGAAGGACCUAGAAAUCUGAAUGAACCCUCUAAAUCAACUCAUAAUGAGUUUUUUGCUGGUAGGGAUUAUGAUUAUAGUGAUCGUCGCGGUGAAAUAAAUGAUAGUUCUGAGCAAAGUCUUCAAGAUAAAUUUACUGAGGCUUUAAAAGCAACAUCACGAGAAAAUGAUAAUUCGCGUGUUGAAUUACUUAAACAAGCAUUAGGGCAAUCUAGUAAAAACUAA